CAAAAACUUAUUUAGAGUUGGUCUGAAGUUUGGGCGGGCGGGGGCGACUAGUUCGUAUGAGCUCCUUGGCACGUUGUGAAAUUGGAAAUUUCGGAGGAUGGACCCGUUUUUGGCUUUACUGAAUUCGUUUUCGAGCAGCCUCUCUCCAGAUGAGCUCUCCAAUCUCAAAUUCCUGUGCCAGUCAAAAAUUGGUAAAGGGAAGCUGCAAGCUGUGAAGAAGGGCAUCGAGCUCUUCAGCAUUCUCCUAGAACAGCAAGAAAUUACUCCCUGCGAUGUAGCCUUCUUAAGAGAGAUGCUCAAAAGUCUGAAGAGAGAAGAUCUGGUAACUAAGCUAGAGCACUUUGAAGAGGCUGGAGAAGGCGAUCCCGCUGAGCAACCAGACACUGCAGAAAAACGUAAAGUGGAGAGAGCUUUUGAAGUCAUAUGUGACAAUGUUGGAAAAAACUGGAAGAUGCUAAUUCGGAAACUUGGGAUUUCAGAUGCCAAAAUAGAUCGAAUUGUGGCUGCCCAUUCAUACAACUUAGAGGAGCAGAUGAUGCAAUCCCUUCUAGCAUGGAAGAAAUUGAAAGGAAGAGAAGCGAAGGCUGAGGACUUAGUAAAAGCCCUCAGGGCUUGUAAAAUGAACCUAGUGGCAGACAAAGUGGAAGAUGCUUUACAUCUGGUCAUCUAGAGUGCCGUAAAAUCACUGGGAAGAAAACUUUACUGAGAUAUUAAACGAAAAAUUAGCAGGAAAACAGCUCUUGUAGAAUUCCCUUUAUGUGCUGCAUUUGUACAUAUACUUGCUUGCUUUGUUUGCGUGCAGUGGAAUUAAGACUUCUUUCGCUCUCUGGUUUGUGCCAAGAAUGACAAAGUGGGAUGCCUGUGGAAUUUCAAGUGCAAGCCUUAUACUUGUUAAGGUAUAAAGCCGUUAUAGUUCUAUUAAAAGUUGAUUUUAAGAGAAAUCCUCUAUUCAUCCUCUUGAAGGAGGAAUGCAACCAAAACAUGUGACAAAGACGCUAACAUAUGAAUGGUGAUGGUUUGGAAGAAACUGUGCUGUAAAGUCUUAAGAACGUAAGA